AGUUGUUGAUAAUUUUUACUCGUGACUAGACGGAAAAAUAAUUACAAUUUAUAGUGAUGGCCGUCUUAAAUAUUGUCGUUUGCACAACAUUGAUUGUGGUUACUUCACUAGGUACCGUACAAAGCAAUAGCAUACCGACUGAAAUCGCUGAAAAUCAAUGGGUAGUUGAUGCCCAAAAUUCUAUAAAAGAUUCUUUGUCAAAAAUAGAAUCGUAUGGGGUAGAAAAUGAAAAAAUCAAGACGAUAACCAACGAAGCAUUCGAUACAUUUACAAAGUUCGUGGAAAAUGACCUGUCUAAAAUUAUUAAAAAGGCGGAUGAUAUAAAAUCAGAAAGGAUAUGGGUAUUAAAAACUCAAUUGAAGAACUGGUCAAGCGCUUUGGAAAGACUAAAUGAAGUGUCUGACGUGACUGAGAAAACGCCCGAUAAAGCAAUAGGAAAAUUUUACAUGACCAUCGACUAUAUAGCAAAAGAAGUUGUUGGAUUUGAUCAAAAUUACAAUUACGAUUCAAAUGAAUCGAAUGAAAUUGUUGAGGAACUCAAAUUGUUACUUAAAAAGUCUGUCACCAAGUUGGUAGAAUAUGCAAAUUCCGUUGAGGAUCAAGUUUCCGGGAUUUCCAAAAUUGAAUGAAGCAUAUCAAUAAAAUACGUAUCUGUUAGUUAUUCUAGUUCAUGUGUAAAUUAGUGUUCACUCAUAACACAAUAAAAAUUAUAAAAAAUUUUUUUUUUUUUUUUAACACAAUAUUAUACUUAUCAUAAUGUUUAUUUUUCCACAAAAUUGCAAUUUUCUAAAGUAUAUUUUUAUUAUAAUUAUAGUUACAAAAAAAUAUUUAAUUGCCGCCUAAGGCGAUCACUUACUUUGCUUACAUCUUGAUGUGGCCCUGUAAAGGUUAACAAAUUAUAUUUCACUAUAUUAUACAAUAUUGAAAUUUCUAA